AUGCGGUUUACAAAAACUUUAAUCACUGAUACAAAAGGAUCGUCGAUUUUUAAAUUAGUCAAAAGCUAUUAUGAGGAAAAAGAAAUUCUCCUUACAAAUGUAAAAGCUUGUGCAACAGAUGGUUCUCCUGCCAUGUCUGGUCGUCAUACUGGGCUUCUGGCACACCUUAAAAAAGAAGUACCGGAGGUCAUCACCAUUCAUUGUGUUAUUCAUCGUCAACAUUUGGCUGCAAAAAAGUUAAGUGGUGCCCUGUAUGACACUUUAAAAUUCUUUAUUUCUGGCAUCAGUAAAAUCAAAGCUAAUUCUCUCAAUGACCGUUUGUUCCGAGAACUUUGCCGUGAAAAUGAUGAAGAUUUCGAACUCUUGCUCCUACAUACAGAUAUGAGAUGGCCUUCGAAAGGAAACUGUUCGCGCCGUUUCUUCGAAUUGUUUGACUCGGUUACUGAGUUUCUCGACACUACUAAUUCUGUUUUACGUGAGAGUUUGAAGCAACGCAAGUUGGAAACUGCGUACCUCACGGAUAUUUUUGAAGAAAUGAACGAAAUCAACGUAAAACUUCAAGGAAAUAAAAUGAAAAUUAUCAAGGCUAAGGGAAUCAUAUCUUCAUUGAUCGCCAAAUUUGAUAUCUACAAGUCAAAAAUUGGUUGCAAAGAGCUGAUGCGAUUUCCAACUCUUAAAAAGUGUUCAAUGGCAGAUAUCGAGAUUCUCGAAAAUAAAAUCUUAAUUUUUACUGAUCACAUUGAUCAGUUAAAAACUGAUAUGGAAUCAAGAUUUAAAGAUUUGAUGAAAUUAUAA